AACUGUCUCGCUCUUUGGCUGGUCACGAGCAGUCCGUCAUCGUCUUGCCUUUGCCUUUGGCUGGCUCCUCUCUUCUCUUCUCCACCCUUCCUUCAUUGCUACUCCCAUACUUUCUUCCACAGCACAGCAGAAGAGCAUAGCAGAGCCUAGCCUUAGAUGGCUGCGUCCGUGUCUUCUGGGCUGCGAGCUCUUCCGACGUGGUCCAGCUCCGUCUCUGGCGACGACCGCUGCUCCCCGCUGGUCAUGUCGGUAUCGGUGCGGCAGCCACGGUCGGCGAGGCCCCUUCGGACGCCGGCGAGGAUGGGGAAUGUGAACGAGGGCAAGGGGAUCUUCGCGCCGCUGGUGGUGGUGGUGCGCAACAUCGUCGGACGCAAGCGCUUCAACCAGCUCAGAGGCAAGGCAAUCGCCCUACACUCCCAGGUGAUCACGGAAUUCUGCAAGACCAUCGGUGCCGACCCGAAGCAGAGGCAGGGUUUGAUCCGACUCGCAAAGAAGAACGGGGAGAAGCUCGGAUUCCUUGCCUGACUCAACUCAAUCAAUCCUCCAUUCAUUCCCCCUUUUCUUCUCUAUUAGCUUCAUCGGAGUACUUAAACCAAACACUCGAUCAGCUCACUUCUGUUGAGUUCCAACAUGUACUGUACGGAUAUGAUGGAUAGAUGGUAUGAUGAUGUAUCCUCCUCUACCUCUUAAGGAGUAUAUAUAGCAGCAUACUUUUACUAUGUCUACAUAUUCUAUAUCUAUAUAUAUGAAGAAUGAUUAAGCUUGCA